AUGGCGGAAGCGGAAAUCCAGGCUCGAGGAUACCGAGCGGAAGCAUCACACCUCAAGGCAGUGCUGGCAACAGUGUUGGGCGAAUUCCGAGACGUCGAUACCACGGAAGCCGUGUCUCAGAUUGCAGAGCUCUGCCAACUGCUCGCGGUCACGGACGCGCACUGCCUCCCCAGCGCUGUUACUCACCUGUCAACCCGCGCUUGGCACUGCGAGCAGCUGCUGCAGCGGAUGCAGCAGACCCAGGCAAACCUAGAGGCGAGGCAGGAGCAGGUGGCUGCCCUUGCUGAGUGCAUCGAAAGCUGGAAGGCGCAGCUGCCAUCGGACGAUGACAUCAGCAGGGCCACUGAUGACGUGGCGGACAGGACCAGGAGAACAGCGCAGGAGCAGCAGCAGCUGAGCCUGCAGCGAUCCGCCGCGCAGGGCUCACUAGAAGCUGCGGGGUACAGUGCUGACGUGGACAUGGCCGCCCUGCUACAGCUGGCAACGGAGGUGCAGGGGGAGGAGGAGGAGGUGGGGCGCCUGCAGCACGAUCUUGCCAUCUACUCUGACCUGCCCACGGACAUCACUCUGGCUCGCACGCACCUGCAGAAGGAGAGAGCGCGCCUGAGGGCCUUGUCUCGGAAGCUGGAGGCGUGGAGCAUGGGAGAGGAGGUGGAGGGAGAGGAGGGAGAAGAGGGAGAGGAGGGAGAGGGGUACGAUCAUCCUUCUCCUGGGGAAGGAAGGAGGAUGGGGGCGUGGGGCGUGGGGGGGCAAGGGGAAGGGCAUGGGGGUGUGGUGCGGUCUCCUGGGUUUUAA